CUUUUAUUCAACACCGGUAGUAUAAAUUCAUUGGCCAAAGCGGYUCGUUGGUCACACGCGUGGCUUGGUUCGGUCUUUUCUGGUACAAGACCGGAGAGGACUGUAGAAAUUUCAAAGUUUACAGGCGGGUCUCACCCCUGCAGAUAAUGACCGAUCGAGCCAAUCACAUCAGCGUCGCCAUGACUGAAGGCGUCACAUCCACUAACGGGACGCCRAGGACCAAGGUCAUAACCAGCAGCACCAUGGUGGAGCUGAACAAGCUGCAGCCCCGGGGCUCCACGGUCAGCUUCCACAGRAUCCWGUACAAGGUGAAGCUGAAGACUGGACCGCUCUGCAAGAGGAAGAACACUGCCAGGGAGAUACUGGUGGACCUCAAUGGCAUCAUGAGACCGGGUCUAAAUGCUAUUCUAGGACCCACUGGAAGUGGAAAGUCCUCGUUCCUGGACGUUCUAGCAGCCAGGAAGGACCCCUCUGGUCUCUCAGGGGAGGUGCUGAUCGACGGGGCGCCACAACCACCCAACUUCAAGUGCCUCUCCGGCUAUGUUGUCCAGGACGACGUGGUYAUGGGGACUCUGACGGUGAGGGAGAACCUGCGAUUCUCUGCWGCGCUGCGUCUGCCCCGCUCCGUGCCCCAGAAAGAGAAGGAGGCCAGGGUCAACGACCUCAUCACCGAGCUYGGCCUGACCAAGGUGGCUYACGCAAAGGUUGGUACCGAGAUGAUCCGGGGGAUCUCUGGAGGGGAGAGGAAGAGGACCAACAUCGGCAUGGAGCUCAUCAUCGACCCGGUUCUCUUCUUGGAUGAACCCACCACGGGCCUGGACGCUAGCACCGCUAACUCUGUCCUGCUGCUGCUAAAAAGAAUGGCCAAUCAGGGACGCACCAUCAUCAUGUCCAUCCACCAACCGCGUUACUCCAUCUACCGGCUGUUCGACUCCCUGACCCUGCUAGUUAGCGGCAAACAGGUGUACCAUGGGCCGGCCCAGAAUGCACUGGACUAUUUCGCCGACAUAGGUUACGCCUGCGAGGCCCACAACAACCCAGCCGACUUCUUCCUAGACGUCAUCAACGGAGACUCUACUGCCACUGCUAUGAACAAGAUUCAGGGAGAAGACAUUGACUUUGAGGAGCUGAGUGGCUCCAGGCAGACCAUCGAGGAGCGUCUUAGUGGAGGAGUACAGAACUGCUCCUACUUCAGAGACACCCAGGUCGAGCUGGAGAGGAUCACCCAGGGAAAGCAGUACACCACCAAGCCCACGUCCCGUACCAUCACCUACAACAGCUCCUUCUUCACCCAGCUACACUGGGUCCUAGGCAGAACAUUCCGGAACCUGGCGCUGAACCCCCAGACAUCCGUUGCACAGCUGGGAGUCACCAUUUUUCUGGCUCUUAUUGUGGGCGCCUUCUUCGGGGUGAAGGACGACCAGAGUGGAAUACAGAACAGGAUUGGUGCUCUUUUCUUCAUCACCACCAACCAAUGUUUCAGCACGCUGUCCGCUGCCGAACUCUUCACAGAGAGGAAGCUGUUUGUCCAUGAGUACAUCAGCGGCUAUUACAGAGUCUCAGUCUACUUCCUGUCCAAGAUCCUGUCUGACAUCAUCACCCUGCGCAAUCCCGCCAUCAUCUUCAGCUGCGUGUUUGUCUCUCCUGCAGGUUUCAAAACCACUCCGGCAGCCUUCUUCAUCUUCAUGUUCACCGUGACCCUGGUGGCCUACACAGCCACCGCCAUGACCAUGGCCAUCUCUGCCGACCAGAGUGUGGUGGCAAUGGCCAACAUCUUCAUGACCAUCAGCUUCGUCUUCAUGAUGAUCUUCUCAGGUCUGCUGGUGAACCUGCCUAGUAUCAUGAACUGGCUGGCCUGGUUGAAGUACCUCGAUCCUCGCUACGGUCUAACAGUAAGUACCUCAGUCAGCCACAACCUCUUAAUUGAUCUAGUGAAAUUUUGUGGGGUUGAAUUUUGUGAGGACCCUGCCGUUCGCACCACCAUGUCUCCUGGCUCUGGCAUGAUGACCAACUGCAGUAUGAACACUACUCACGCUCUCGGGAUAACGUGCACAGGGGAACAAUACCUGGACUAUCUAGGAAUAGAAUACACUACAUGGGGCCUAUUGGAAAACCACGUUGCCUUGGCAAUAAUGACACUCAUUUUCCUGGUCAUCGCCUAUCUGAUGCGGUUUAUUAAGAAGUUCACAUAGGAAGUGUUUUACUUUGCCUUACAAUUCACUCCUCGUGGUUAUAUCAAUGACAAACUGCCAGUAGUUCUCUCUCCAUACAUGUUAUAUACAUGAAGCAGUGUGCCUAUGUUUGACUGACACAGGUUAAAUGGGUAGUUCAGCCAAAUUACAUAUUCAUUUCCUGGACCAGUGGAGACUGCAUCCACGCUUUGGCUUUGCUGAACUAGCUACACUAGCACCGUAAAUGAGUAAUUUGGCUGAACUGUCACUUUAAUGUGCAAUAUUCAUGCAUGAAUGUACAUUUUCACCACAUGAAUAUUAAUGUGGAAUCUUUGCCCUCCAGUAGUCAUGUGUUCUCAUGUUGACUGCUGUGUUUAUUUGGUAGCAUUUGUUCCAGUCUAGUACGAGACUAUGCCUUGGGAUUUAGUUCAUUGUUUCUAUUUAUAGAGGAACUGAACUAAUUUAUUUGAAAAAUAUGAUGAAUUAUGUUUAUAUGUAAAAAUUAUGAAUGACUUUUAUUAGUGCUUUUUUUGUGUGUAAUCAUUGAAUUGGUUGUUUCUAUUGUGUUUAUUACCUUUUUAUCUAUACUCAUUUUGGAAACAAUGCUUUUAUAAACAUUUUCAUGUAA